GGCGGGCGGCGGCGGCGUGGGCCGUGGGCCGUCAGGGCAGCCCUGAAGGGGCCCCCUCCCCACUCCGCUCGAGUAGAAGUGUGAGAGAGCCCAGCAGGACUCAGAGGGGAGAGUUGGAGGAAAAAAAAGGCAGAAAAGGGAAAGAAAGAGGAAGAGAGAGAGAGAGUGAGAGGAGCCGCUGAGCCCACCCCGAUGGCCGCGGACGAAGUUGCCGGAGGGGCGCGCAAAGCCACGAAAAGCAAACUUUUUGAGUUUCUGGUCCAUGGGGUGCGCCCCGGGAUGCCGUCUGGAGCCCGAAUGCCCCACCAGGGGGCGCCCAUGGGCCCCCCGGGCUCCCCGUACAUGGGCAGCCCCGCCGUGCGACCCGGCCUGGCCCCCGCGGGCAUGGAGCCCGCCCGCAAGCGAGCAGCGCCCCCGCCCGGGCAGAGCCAGCCACAGGGCCAGGGCCAGCCUGUGCCCACCGCCCCCGCGCGGAGCCGCAGUGCCAAGAGGAGGAAGAUGGCUGACAAAAUCCUCCCUCAAAGGAUUCGGGAGCUGGUCCCUGAGUCCCAGGCGUACAUGGACCUCCUAGCAUUUGAGAGGAAACUGGAUCAAACCAUCAUGCGGAAGCGGGUGGACAUCCAGGAGGCCCUGAAGAGGCCCAUGAAGCAAAAGCGAAAGCUGCGCCUUUAUAUCUCCAAUACUUUUAACCCUGCGAAGCCCGAUGCUGAAGACUCCGACGGCAGCAUUGCCUCCUGGGAGCUGCGGGUGGAGGGGAAGCUCUUGGAUGAUGUACGUCCUGGCCCAGUCCCUGUCCCUUUCCCACAGCCCAGUAAGCAGAAGCGGAAGUUCUCUUCCUUCUUCAAGAGUUUGGUCAUUGAGUUGGACAAAGACCUUUAUGGCCCCGACAACCACCUCGUUGAGUGGCACCGGACACCCACAACCCAGGAGACAGAUGGGUUCCAAGUGAAGAGACCAGGGGACCUGAGUGUGCGCUGUACCCUGCUCCUUAUGCUGGACUAUCAGCCUCCCCAGUUCAAACUGGACCCCCGAUUAGCCCGGCUGCUGGGGUUACAUACACAGAGCCGCUCAGCCAUUGUCCAGGCGCUAUGGCAGUACGUGAAGACCAACCGGCUGCAGGAUUCCCAUGACAAGGAGUACAUCAAUGGAGACAAGUAUUUCCAGCAGAUCUUUGACUGUCCUCGCCUGAAGUUCUCCGAGAUCCCCCAGCGCCUCACAGCCCUGCUGCUGCCCCCUGAUCCGAUUGUUAUCAACCAUGUCAUCAGCGUGGACCCAUCAGACCAGAAGAAGACAGCAUGCUAUGACAUUGAUGUGGAGGUAGAGGAGCCACUGAAGGGGCAGAUGAGCAGCUUUCUCCUGUCCACGGCCAACCAGCAGGAGAUCAGUGCUCUGGACAGUAAGAUCCACGAGACGAUCGAGUCCAUAAACCAGCUCAAGAUCCAGAGGGACUUCAUGCUAAGCUUCUCCAGAGACCCCAAAGGCUACGUCCAAGACCUGCUCCGCUCUCAGAGCCGAGACCUCAAGGUGAUGACGGACGUGGCUGGUAACCCUGAAGAGGAACGCCGGGCAGAGUUCUACCACCAGCCCUGGUCCCAGGAAGCCGUCAGCCGCUACUUCUACUGUAAGAUCCAGCAGCGCAGGCAGGAGCUGGAGCAAUCUCUGGUCGUGCGCAACACCUAGGAGCCCGUGAACAAACGCCACUGUGGACCAGGCAGCCACGCUGUCCAGCACAGGCCCUGGACUCUGGCCUCCCUCCCCUGCUGCUGUGGGGUUGGGGGGGGGGGGGAGUGGGGAGGACUGGAUUAAAGGUCACUCAUCAGACAGCAGUCUUGUGGUCAUUGGGGACUGGG